AUGGCGCCUCCGGCGCUCGAUGUGCGGUUUCUCGGGACAUGCACAUCUCCACUGCCGACAAGGAACUAUUCGAGUUUGCUUGUGAAAAUCGACAGGCAGGCGGUCAUGGUCGAUUGUGGUGAAGGCACGCAAAGGCAGCUCAUCAACCCUGUCGUGCAAGCAGAGACGAAACUUUCUCAAAUACGCACGAUACUCAUCACGCAUUUGCACCCUGAUCAUAUCCUGGGUGUUGUGCCGCUCAUGUUUUCCAUCAUGGGGCCCAGUGCACCAUCGCCUCGGUUGGAGGACGGCUUGCGACUAACAAUCUAUGGACCACUUGGUCUUCGAGCCUAUAUCCGCACGACACUCUCUGUGUGCUACGCGUCGCUCUCCAGUCAUUUUGUUGUGCACGAACUCUUGUGGCCGAGCCAACCAGCCUAUGCUCAUGAAAUACCGGCUGAUGCAGCGCCUACAUUCACGUACACGGAGCAUGACCCUGCUCUCCCUUCGCAUCUCCAAGGACAGACGCGUAUACUGCCAUGGAUGCCGCCGCACGGAAAUGAGCUGGAGGGCCUUAAUAUCCGUAUGGAUCCAGAAACGUGUGCCUGGGAAGCGUUUGCGCAAAUCCCAAAUACGGGCUUCUUUCUCUCUGCCGCACCCAUCACGCACCGGUGCCCUACACUCGGGUAUGUAUUCACAGAAGCGCCGUGUGCAUCGGUGUCUAUCUCGCCGCGCGACCUGGCACUACUCGACUCCAACACAGAAGCGCUUUAUGCACAGCAAGGCAUCCAACGCCCACGCACGCUGAUCCCGAAACUCGUGCAAGAACGCAUUCCACUCCAUUUGCCUGAUGGGAAUACGCUACACCCACCGCCUAUUGACCGCCCGGGUCGCAAAAUCUGUGUCCUUGGCGAUACAAGUGACGGAACGGCGGGCCUUACUUCGUUUGGGCCCGAUGGACUACCGAACGAUGAGCUUCGUGGGCUGUUGCGCCUGGCACAAGAUGCCGAUUUGGUGGUGCACGAAUGUACCUAUGCGUAUAUGUCCGAGACGGACCUUGCUCAUGUGCGUACGGAAAGCGAGCAACUUGCACACGGACUACAAACCAUGCUGCUGAAGCCAGACGAGGCGGAGCCCCGCGCCAAAGAGCGCGGGCAUUCUGUGCCGCGUAUUGCUGGCGCUUUCGCCGCGUACAUCGGUGCCCACAAUUUGGCAUUGAAUCACUUUUCCGCACGGAUUCCCGCGCCGAACGUCGUUGGUACAGCGCCUUUGGUGAGCGCUGCACAGCUACGCGACGACGCACAGCAUGCGGAAUCUAUAAAACGCUUCCAUGUCAUGCGCGAAAUUGAACGGCAGGCAACGAAUUGGUGGAACACUACAUUGGAGUCCCUACAAAUGGCGGAUGUGCCGGACGAGUACGAUUAUGAUAGACUUGGGAAACAUGAGGGAGACGAGCAGUGCCGUAUCGAGGAACGCCGCAAACGACGGCGGGAGAUCAUGUCCAAGUACGGCACGGCGGAAGCUGCAUCUCAGCAUGAGCCGUCACCCGUAGCAAAAGAGCAGAUGCAGGGAGUGGUACAGAGGACAGCGGAUAGUGCGCAGAGCAAUUUAAAAAAAGAAGACACCGCGCGUACUCCCUCCUACGAAGAGGAAGAUGGUUUUGUGGAAAUGGAGGUCGACGAUGAUGAAGACGACGUGGACGACAUGUUCGACCUGGACAGCACUCCCAAAGAGAAGAAAAAGAAGAGAGUACGCGUCCGCAAGGUUGCACUUAGCAACGACACAGCGCACACGGGCAUGGAUGCGGGCAACGCUGGCCUACAAGACAACUGGGACGACCCCGACGGGUACUACCGCGUGAUUCUCGGCGAAAAGCUGGACAAGGGGCGGUACCAAGUCUUUUCAAUUCUUGGUCGUGGUAUUUUUGCAGCAGUAGUCAGCGCACAUGAUUUGCAAAACGAAGGGCGCGACGUCGCGAUCAAGAUUGUGCGUCGGCAGGAGACGAUGUAUAAAGCGGGCAUGAAGGAAAUUGGCACGUUGAAAAAACUUGCCGAGCUCGACCCUGACGACCGCAAACAUGUGGUGCGCCUACAUGGCCAUUUUGUGCAUCGCGGCCAUCUGUGCAUGGUCUUUGAGUCGCUAAGUAUGAAUUUAAGGGACGUGGUGAAGCGCUUCGGCAAGGAUGUCGGCCUGAACUUGCAAGCUGUGAAGACAUAUGCACAGCAGGCAUUUGUUGCACUUGCACACUUUCAGCGUGCAGAGAUUAUACACGCGGAUAUCAAGCCAGACAACAUGCUCGUGAACGAGUCCAAGACGCUGCUGAAGUUGUGCGAUAUGGGCUCAGCGUCCAGUACAAGCGAGAUGGAAAUCACGCCGUAUCUGGUGAGUCGGUUUUACCGUGCGCCUGAAAUUAUCCUGGGGCAGCCGUACGGCACGGAAUUGGACAUGUGGUCUAUGGGCUGCACGCUCUACGAGCUCGCUACAGGCAAAAUCCUGUUUCCCGGAAAGACGAAUAACCAUAUGCUCCUAUUGAUGCAGCAGCUACGUGGGAGAAUCACGGCUAAACAGCUGAAAAAGUGCCAAUUUUCGACGCAGCAUUAUGAGGAUAACAAUACGUUUCUAAGCAUCGAAGUGGAUCGGAGCACAGGGGAGGAAGUGAUUAAGCGUGUAAAUAUUAGCCAUGCGCUCGAAGACCUGCAUGCAAAACUCCUACCGCGUAAUACUGCAAAAGAGAUGGCAUAUACAGAGCUGCGCAAGACGCAGCAGCUGAUCGAUCUGCUUAACAAAAUGCUCGAGCUCGACCCCGCAAAACGCAUUCGCCCUGCCGAAGCGCUCGCACACCCUUUUGUCAGCACAUAG